AUGGAGUCAACUCCGGAAGCUUUCCAAGGGUCAUAUGGCCGUAUCAUCAUGCAUUACAAUAACUACACAUCUGGGGCGUUCCGUUCCGACACACCAAGUUUGCCCCCCAGGUGGAUUCCAUCUUACGAUUUCUUGACGUCAUCACGCUGGGCAGCCUGUGAUGCAAGACCCUGUACAUCACUUUAUUCUGAUACAGCAUGCUGA